UUCCCGGUUCUUACAGCUGCCAUGCGCGUCCCCUGAGAGCCUGGCGAUGGUCGAGGCAGAGUCUGAGCACGCCAUAGCCCCCAGAGUGGAGCCAGAUCCGCAGGGAGCACCGGUGUCAGCGGAAAGUGCCCAAGCAGCGCCCCACUCGCUUGCAGAGGAGCAACCUCAACGAUUACCAGCUGAAGAAGAAACAGCUGUUGAAGUAGUUUCUGCUGAAGUAGCCACACAUGCAGAUGCAGAACCUGCGGAAGCAGCAAGUGCUGAAGCAGAACUUGUGGAAGUAUCAAGUGCCGAAGCAGAAUCUGUGGAAGCAGCAGGUGCUGAAGCAGAACUUGUGGAAGUAUCAAGUGUCGAAGCAGAACCUGCGGAAGCAGCGAGUGCUGAAGCAGAACUUGUGAAAGUACCAAGCUCUGCAGCUGCUGAAGCAGAACUUGCGGAAGUAUCAAGUGUCGAAGCAGAACCUGCGGAAGCAGCAGGUGCUGAAGCAGAACUUGUGAAAGUACCAAGCUCUGCAGCUGCUGAAGCAGAACUUGCGGAAGUAUCAAGUGUCGGAGCAGAACCUGCGGAAGCAGCGAAUGCCGAAGCAGAACUUGUGAAAGUACCAAGCUCUGCAGCUGCUGAAGCAGAACUUGCGGAAGUAUCAAGUGUCGAAGCAGAACCUGCGGAAGCAGCGAAUGCUGAAGCAGAACUUGUGAAAGUACCAAGCUCCACAGCUGCUGAAGCAGAACUUGCGGAAGCAUCAAGUAUCGAAGCAGAACCUGCGGAAGCAGCAAGUGCUGAAGCAGAACCAGCGGAAGCAACGGAAGCAGAGGUUGAGCCUGUUGAGAGACCAGCAUCGACUGAAGAAGCCCCUGCUCAAGCAGCUGAUGCCAAAACUGAGUUGGAAGCGCUUUCCAAGACAGCUCAAGAUACAAACGACACUGAAAGAAAGUCCGAAGCACGGCCUGAAGCCUCUUCCAGUCCAGAGGGCAAUCAGGCCGAGGACAAUGUCAAGGAGCCUGAUGAUCGGGGUGCGCCGUUUGUGCACAGCUUUCAAGAGUUCAAGGAAAUGGGCUGCCAUGAAGCAGCUCAAGCAGUGCUCAGGCAAGGGCUGCAGUUCUGCCCGAGCAGCGCGGCACUGAGAAAGCUGGCGGCCAGCGAGGGCUUCCACCUGGAGGAGAUCCAGGCGAGCGCUACCACGCCCUUCAUGGAACAUUUGCGCCGUAGAGAGUUGAUGAUGCAGCAGAUGCAUUCUGCACAGCAAAGCCAGCGCAUGCAGCAGCUCCAGCAGUGGCAGGCGCGGCUGCAGCAGCCGCGCUACACGCCGCCGCCUUUGCUGCCUGAGCCGCGAAAACUGCCACCCGCACCCAGGCCCACCGGUCCGCUGAAGUUCUUCGAUGAGCUGGAGUACCCUGACAAGACCAAGGCAUCACGCGGCGUUGCAGCCAUCGCGCUUGGUGCCUUGUGUGGCAUUGCAACUUCUUUGAGAGCGUCUUGCUCCGCAUACUACUUUGUGUGGUCCUUCAUGGCUUGCCACCUUUUGUGCAUCACGCUGCUGCGCGACUAUGGCGGCAGCUUUGGCCUGCUGGUCAUGUGUGCUGCUUUGGCCUUCCAUGCUGGUCACGCUUUUGUUGAGUGCGGCGCUUGGGCUUUUGCUUUGGAUGGCGACGACUCUUUGGGGCCGUGGACCCUCGUGGUGGUGUUUGCAUGCAUUCUCUACCUGCAAGGGUACCUCAAAGAAUGUGUGACGCUGCCGCCGGACUACAUCUCGACUCUCUCCUUCUUCUUCCCAGUUUUCCCAGCUUAUGAUGCGGCGGUUCUGCUGAGCUGCCUGGAGUUUUUCGGCGAGUGGAGUUACCUUCCGGACUUCAAACUUUGGAGUCCCAUCGUUCUCCUGGGCAUGGUCUGCAUGGCGGUCGGCCAGGCUCUGGUCAUAUGGUCAGCUCGUGUGGCAGAUCGAAACUUCUGGGCUUCAACCCGCGAGAUGGAAGAAGAUGAGUUGGUUGGCUUGGAAAUUCCGAAUCGCAGAGUGGUACAAGAAGGGCCCUAUGCUUGGGAGCGCCAUCCAGCUUACCUUGGAGCAUUGCUUUGGGGAGUAGGGACCCAGCUGGCCUUGUGCAACCCGGUGAUGCUGGUUGUAGUGGCCUUCGUCCUGUGGGCGUCCCUGCUGCACGUCACAAUGGAGGAGGAACGGGAUCUUUUUGAUGAGUUCCCAGGCCGCUAUGAGCAUUACACAGCGAUUACCAGCACCUGGAUUCCGGGGUUUCCAGCCGCGCUGGAAAGCUCUGCCUUUCAGCGGGAAAUGGAGGACAACGCCCCCGAAGACGGGCCCGACAUGGAGCAGGAGGAGAGUGAAGAGGAGCCGGAUGAGGAAGACGACCUUCUGCCAAGCUGGGAGGGGGUCCGCAAGGGCGGGACCAUUUGGAACCGGCAGUUUCAGGAGCCGUUGAGGCUUGGCUAGUUGCGGCUUGCUGAGACGACGUGAAAAAGAUGUCAUUUGAAGCGACGCGAGGGUCUCGGGCCUGCACUUUGACAGGCAUGGCUCAAGGCUCAAGGCCCUGCGAAGUGUCACGAGUCUGCUUUUCCGGCCUUGCUGCGGCCUGGCAGAAGCCAGCAAGAUGCAAGCAGACUUGCGGCCCCUUGGGCAUCGAGAAAA